AUGGCCAACCGCAUUCUUUCCCUUGGCCUCCUCAUUACACAGCUGGGCACAAGUUAUGCCUUCCCAGCACCUCACCAAGGUGUACCACGCUCGCUCCCCGAAAGGCUUCUUGGUUCGUCCUUUGGUAUCCCCGGGGACAGAACAAUUGACUAUGUCAUCGUUGGUGGUGGCACAGCAGGGCUAGCUGUUGCGGCCCGCCUGGCCGAAAACACCGACUCCCAGAUCGCCGUCAUUGAAGCCGGCAGUUUCUAUGAGAUUGGUAACUCCAACAUCAGCCAGAUCCCGGCCUACUGUGCCGUGGGCACCGGCAAGACAAUGGAAGGUAUCAAUCCUUUCAAUGACUGGGGAUUUGAAACCACCCCUCAAGCGGGACUCACCAACGAGACUGCCCACUAUACGCGUGGCAAAUGUCUGGGAGGUAGCUCCGCUAGAAAUUACCUGACAUACCAACGGUCCAACGCUGGUGCGUAUGAUCUCUGGGCCGAGAGGGUUGGAGAUGACAGCUAUGCAUGGGAAAACUUCCUGCCUUAUUUCGAAAAGAGCAUUUCAUUCACGCCCCCUGACUCGCAAAAUCGUCCAGCCAACGCGACUCCGGGCUACGAUCUCUCAACUUUGAGCAAUGGCAAAGGUCCUCUUUCAUUGACCUAUGCGAGAUAUGCCCACGCAUUCUCGAGCUGGGCCCAGGUCGCCCUUCAAACUUUGGGCAUCAAUCCGAUCAAUGGCUUCAACAGUGGCAACUUGAUUGGUUCGGCCAACCAGCUGUUCACCCUUGACCCCAAGGACAUGGUACGAGAUUCUUCAGAGACCAGUUUCUUGCGCAAGAUUGGCUUGCCACAGACCAACCUGAUUGUCUAUCAAUCGAUGAUGGCCACAAGAAUCCUCUUUGACGACAACAGGAAUGCCGUUGGAGUGGCGGUUAACGGCGAGGGCGUGGAAUUUGUUCUCUCUGCCCGUCAAGAAGUCAUCCUGUCCGCUGGAGCGUUCCAAUCCCCUCAAUUGUUGAUGGUCUCUGGAGUCGGUCCAGCUGAGACACUCCAGCGACACAACAUCCCAGUUAUUGCUGACCGCCCAGGUGUGGGCCAGAACAUGGAAGACCACGUCCUUGGUGGACCAUCCUUCCGUGUCAAUGUGGUCACGGCAUCCAGCCUGAACGACCCCGCCUUCUUAGAAGGAAUCACUGAGCAGUAUCUUAUGAACCGGACCGGGUUCCUCACUGCAGGAAUCGAUGACAUGCUUGCAUUUGAACGGUUACCAGCCGAUAUCAUUAGCAGCCUGGACCAAUCCACACAAGCAGACCUGGCUACACUGCCCAAUGACUGGCCUCAGGUCGAAUACUUGCCUGCGAGCGCAUACUUUGGAUACCAGAACAACGCAUCUGAAGCACCAACAGACGGGUACAACUAUGCGACAAUGGCGGUAGCACCACAGGUGAUAUUCUCGCGAGGGAGCGUCGACAUCCAAUCUGGCGAUGUGAUGGACGCGCCCAUCAUCAACCCUAACUGGCUCACUCAUCCAACGGAUCAGGCCAUUGCGGUGACUGGCUACAGGCGAGCACGACAGUUGUUCGAGGCCAUGUCGCCGAUUGUGAUUGGAGCCGAGUUUUUCCCCGGCACCGACAUGCAGAUCCAGUCCGACGCUGAGAUCCUGGAUAUCAUCCGCAACACCUUCUUCACCGUCUAUCACGCCUCAUGCACUUGUGCCAUGGGCCGGCCUGACGAUGCAAUGACAGUCAUCGACUCCCAUGCUAGAGUCAUUGGCGUCAACCGUCUGAGGGUCGUUGAUGCUUCGUCCCUGCCUCUCCUUCCCCCAGGUCAUCCAUUGUCCACCAUCUAUGCCCUGGCAGAGAAGAUUGCCGAUGAGAUCGCCCAUGGGUAUUGA